AUGUGGAAAAGCAGUCAGGCAGAUGCUGGCAUGCUCGUUAUCAAGUCUGUUUUAGCAGUGAAAAUCGGUGUUGCUGGCACGGCAGAAGAUUUGCUCUCUCCAGCAAAAAAUUGGAUGCUACUUUACUGCCCAGCUGCACCGGUGUUUCGGUUUCAUCUUUCAGGGCCACGCCUGUCAGGCCACGCUUGCGCGCUUCUGUCAGCAGGUAAUGCAGUUUGUAGGCAGCCUCGGCAUAGCUGA